AAUCCCCCUCAACACCGACGUCCGGCGAACCUGUAACCCGUCGUCAUUCUGGCUUUCCAAUCUAAAUUCGGAGGAGGACCUGCGGCCGUGGCCUCUCCAAUGGCCCAGGCAAAUGCAGAACCCGUGCAGGAAGAAUACGAGUAUGUGCCUCGGCCGGAAUCUCCAAGUCUCUCGCUACAUGGACAGUACACUGACGCUGAUAUCAGUUAUGAGGGUCUCGAUGAUACCUAUUCAGUCGGCCAGAAACUCGCUGCCGGCGCCAUCGCUGGUAUUGUCGUACGUCACUUCAUGUCAAAUACACUUACUCGAAUUCGGUAUAUUGAUGUAUGACUAGGAGCACACAUGCAUGUAUCCAAUGGAUAACGUCAAGGUAAGCAAGAGUCGCCACAGCCCAGCUUUCGCUUGCUAAUCACCAUGCUAACAAUGAUCCAGACCCGAAUGCAAGUCUUACAUAAAACACCCUCCGCCGUCUACAAUGGAGUGAUCUCAUCGUUGGCGCGGAUCCAGACGGUUGAGGGAACUCGUGCUCUGUGGCGGGGAAUGUCUAGCGUGGUUAUAGGCGCAGGUUGGUAAAUCGAAAAACCAACACAUUACCGAAGCUCACCAUGCGAUAGGUCCGGCGCAUGCCGUCUACUUUACCACAAUGGAGGCCGUAAAGGAAGCUAUGGGGGCGAAUAACACCAAGGAACACCAAGACUUGGCAUCAGGUACAGAUAUACCCAUGACGGAAUUUUGCUGUUGAUGCUAACACCCAUCAGUGGUCAGCGGAGCAGCCGCAUGUGUCACAAGUGAAGUGAUAAUGACUCCUUUUGACGGUAAUUUAAAUCUAAUCCGGUACUGUGAAUUCAACUAAUAUCGUAAAGUCAUCAAGCAGCGCAUGCAAAUCCACAACUCGAGAGCCUUGUACAAGUCAGCAAUCGACUGCGUCAGACAUGUCUAUGCAGCCGAAGGAUGGAAGGCAUUCUAUGUUUCAUAUCCCACCACCAUUAUGGUUGCCGUUCCAUUCACCUCCAUUCAAUUCUUUGUUUACGAACGCUUCAAGAAGACCAUGAACCCAUCUGGAGAGUACAAACCAGGAAUUCAUGCCAUGGGUGGUUUCCUUGCUGGAGGAACUGCUGCCGCGAUGACCAAUCCACUGGAUGUGGUGAAAACGAUGCUUCAAACCAGAGGAGCUGGAGCCGAUACGGAAUUGAGAAACGUCAGCAAGUUCGUUGAAGGAGUCAAGCUUGUGUACAAGAAAGAAGGCUUCAGGGGAUAUGCCAAGGGAAUGCAAGCUCGCGCACUUACAGCCAUGCCUAGCAUGGGUGUUUGUUGGAUGUCCUACGAGUUUUGCAAGUAAGUGCUCUUGAAUUUGGGUCGUGGGGAUCUCGCUAAUAUCCUUCUUCUAGGUCUUGGUUCAUCCAAUCAAACCAGGUCUAAUUCUUUGACC